UUUUACUGGAAAGUCCUAAGAUCUAACCUCAAUCUUCUAAUUAUAUUAUUUCCUUUUUUCAGCUUAUCUCUGGAUUGUGUGGCUCCUUCCUGCCUCUCUAUUCCUACCCCAUGAAAAUUCCAUCCAGAAGGCAAAUAUUUGUUAUACUCAUUUUCAGAUCUCCCAUGUGCCAGCUAUGGGUGAAUUCCAUAUCAUUUCUUCUCUUCCUAGAUGUAUAAAUUCUCAGGGAUCUGAGAUCUACCCCAUGUGGGUGUGUAUCUUAUCCUUCCUUUUCUAUCCAUACCACACUCCCAGCACUGACUUUAAAAAAGAGAAUGUGAGAUUAAUUACAUCUCCUCUAGUCUUCGGUUGGAAAACCUCAAUCCCCUUAAGCCCUUAGUAGAAGGGAAGGGCUUUCUCUUUUUCUAAAUCCUUUGAUAUUGGAAGGGGGAUCAGAGUGGAAGAAGGACAGAAGAAGACUUUUCUCUCUUCCCCCUCUUUACCCUGCUCCAUCUACUUAAGUGGCUAACCACCACCACCACCACCCCAGGCUCUGGGUUAUUAUGGUGCCCCAAUCUGAGGUGUAGCCGCUGGAGAAAUGAGGGAAACUUCUUGGCUCUGGGUCAUAGUUAUUCUCCUCUAAUACGCCUCCUCUUUCUUCCCUUUUUCCCCUUAACCUAAUCCAUUUUUAAUUUCUUUCCCUCUGAACCCUGUAUUUCUUUCUUUCCACUUUUCUUUCUUUUUUUUGUCUUUUUCUUUCCAUCUCUGAUUCCUUACACAAUAUCCCCCCCUUUUCUCUGAGUUUCCCUUUAUCUCUUCUCUCUGUCUCCCCCUCUUAAUUAGUCCUCCUUCCCUCCCAAGGCUUGGACAGACAGAGCUUUCUUCCUUAGGAGUGGACAAUGCACUGCCACUGUCUGGCUGAGGGCAUCCCCCCAGUUCCCAAUUCCUACUGGAUCUCAGGCUUGGCUUUCCCUGACUGGGCCUACAAGGCAGAGUCCUCCCCAGGCUCCCGGCAGAUCCAGUUGUGGCAUUUCAUCUUGGAACUACUUCAGAAAGAAGAGUUCCGCCAUGUCAUUGCCUGGCAGCAGGGAGAGUAUGGAGAGUUUGUCAUCAAGGACCCAGACGAAGUGGCCCGCCUCUGGGGCCGAAGAAAGUGUAAACCACAGAUGAACUAUGACAAGCUGAGCCGGGCCCUCAGAUAUUACUACAAUAAGAGAAUCCUGCACAAGACCAAAGGCAAGAGGUUUACUUAUAAAUUCAACUUCAGCAAACUCAUUGUUGUCAACUAUCCACUGUGGGACAUGCGGCCCCCACCCCCACCCCCUCUGUUGCUGGGUGCCCCGGCCAUGUAUGGUCCAGCCUUGGUGCCCAUCGGCGUGCAGAGUGAGCUCCUCCACACCGUUCUGUUCACCCAUCGGGCAAUUAUGGAACAGCUGGCUGGGCAGCGGAGCCCCCCCAGUCCCCUGCAGCCCCCUGGAGAUAAGAAGGGAAGCAGCAGCAGUGAACCCCGAAUCCUUUCAGUCAGUGCUGGGUUACAGAAAACUCUCUCAGUCUCCCCAGCGGGCUCCUGGAACGUGGGCCCAGGUGAGUCUGCUGGCACAGUGGGUGUGGGACUGUCUCAGGACCUGCAUGGACAUGUAGUCCAGAAACAGAGCUAG